CUCUAUUUCUUAGUGUUUCAUUUCGUCUUCCUCCCCCUCCGCUUUUCCCCAUGACGCGCACCCAAGGCGAUUUUGUCGGUGCGGCGGCGAUUUGGUCCAGCGAACUCGCGCUCCUCGACGCAGAGUGCUGCCGAAGGUUUGCGCUCCCCUGUUUCGUGGUUCUGUACUUUGUUGGGGUCAGAGGGAUGGAGAUUUGGUUGGGGGGAUUUUGGGUCGGGAGCCAUGAUCCUGUGCUGCCACCACCCCGCCGUUUCCAGCCGUUCCUCCUCGUCCCCCGCCUACCUCCUCGCCGAGCUCGCCACGACGCCUCAUCGCCGAUUCCCAGACCCCGACGCGGUGCUCCUCCUUGGCGCUCCGACGAACAGGAACAGCCCACGCUGCCCCAGUGGGUCAGGAAGGAGGUCCAUCUCCCCCGCUAGGUGUGCUGGGCGCCCGACAAGCACAUGUUCCAAGGCGACACCUCCUUCGCCGGUCCCAGCGGCUGCCUGUGCUGGGUGGAUCUGCUGCACGGCAUCGUCGUCUGCACCAACCCGCACCAGGUUCCUCCCGUGCUCCGGUUCAUCCCCUUGCCCGACGGGUGCCCCGCGUUCGGCUGGUCCGACUACCCGUACCGUCCGCGCAUGGAGGAGUCUCGCUCCGCCGCCUGCGUCGGCGGCCGCAUCAAGGUCGUCUCCAUGGUAGGCUUGCUGGAAGGCUGGAACUCGCAGCAGUUCAGGCUCACCACCCGGACCCUGUCGUCGUCGGCGUUGCGGCCUGACGUCCUCGGCGGCGAGUGGCAGGAAGACGGCGUGUGCCCGCCCGAGGACCUCUGGGCGACGGAGGAGUACCGCGCGCUCAACCUGCCGCCGCGCACGCCUCUGUGCCCCGUGCUGAGCGCCGCGGGUGAUGAGGAGGACGGCGUCGUCUACGCCGUCGUCAACGACAUCGAGGAACGCGUCGUCGUCCAAGGACGCCUUCAGCAGAUUGUCCGGGGAACCGAGCUGAAGCUCAAACGCCAGUAUGUGCUUGGCAUCGACGUGCGCAGCAACAAGAUCGUCUCCACCAGCUCUAGUGUCCCGCCGGAAAGCCUGAUGCAGAUGACGCCUCACCUGCUUCCUUUUGAUCUCUGUGCUUCCCUGCACGGUGGUGCCAAGAACCGCCAGUACUGCUCCUACUAUACUAUUUUUAACUAUGUUAUCCUUUGGACACUCGACGGAUAUGGUUGAGAAGACCGUAUCUGGCAUUUCACUGUGAAUGGUGAUGCAGGAAUCUGGGUAGCAACUAUUUCAUUGGCAACCUUCCAUACUCUAUAUAAAAUAUGGCUUUGAUUGAAUACAUUAAUCUCAGUCAUAACUCACUUCCUCAGCAAUUGGGUGAUCUAUUUGGAAGCCUCAACUCACUUUUCAGAGUUGUAAGAUUUUCUGAUCCUUUUUCUUCAUUACAAGACUUCACUUUACCUCAUUAAUUUCUUACACCACCCCUCUUUCAUCCCAAAGGUCAAUGAGCAGAUGAAUUAUGUUCUAUGAAACGUAGCAUUAGGAAUAACAACGUUGCCUUUUCUUAAAUCUUAAGACAUCAACUAAGAAUGAAUGUGCUUCCCUUCUAGAAACACAGAAUGUAAAAGGACUGAGUUUACAUUAGUGGAUCCGCAGUGGUUGCAUACCAAAAUAAUAUAAAUUGCAUAUACACAGAACCGCAAUUGUCAUUCUGACUAUAUGCAAUUUGGUUGUACAAGCUUGCUAUACUAUUUGUAUUUUGAGUUUAGCCUAAAAACAUCAGGUGAUUUCUUACAGGUUGUCUUCCGGUGCUGAUCAUAAUUGUAAUUUAUGUAAAUUGCAAGUAUGUAGCAGCGCAAUUGUAGUUUUGAUAAUAUGCAAUAUGUUGGUGUUGAACCAUUUGCCUUGUUUUAUUUUGUUUUUUCUGCUAGAUGAUCUUAAUGGCCGAUGAUUUUGCAUUUUUUUUGCGAUCUGUCUUUCCUGUGUAAAUAUGUGCGGCACACUUCAGCGAGCAGCGUCCCCAUCCAGGAGUUGUUCCAUCUGCAUGAGAAAGUGAGUGUCUCGAUGUUAUUUCUUCUAAGCAGUGGAAUGUGUCGUAGUUUUAUUUUCUAGUGGAUGGUUAGGUCUGAACCCUGAUAGUUGUGUUUGGUGGUGGUAAACGUUUUACUAACUUUGCUGUGGCACUUAGUGCCUACCUUGCAUCAGCAAGUUUUAACGUGGAAGUUAGAUGUGAAAUGUUAGUUUUUUAUUUGUGUUGCUGAUACAAUUAUCCUUGGGUAGCUGUAAUUUUUAUUUGUGACUGCCCACACCAAUGUUAUAUCCUUAUCCAUUUAUUUUCUAGUAACACAUCUUGAACUUUGUUAGUUGUCAUUUGUGCCAACACAAACUAUUUUUUUUGUCUUUGUCCUUUCAUAGAAAAAAAUUGUCUCUUGUGAUUUGUGCUAACAUAUUUUUAAAAUAUGUUAAUUAUGUUUUGUGUUACGGUGUUACCAUACACCUCUUAUUUUUCUUUGUCCUUCUAUAGAAAAAAUUAUCUCUUGUGAUUUGUGCUAACACAUUUUUAAAUAUGUUAAUUAUGUUUUGUGUUAACAUACACCUCUUAUUUUCUUUGUCCUUUCAUAGAAAAAAAUUGUCUCUUGUUAUUUGUGCUAACACAUCUUGAAAUCUGUUAAUUGUGUUUUGUGUUAGAAAAGACCUCUUAUUUGUCCUUGUCUUUUCAUAGAAAAAAAUGUUUGUUGUGAUUUAUGCUAACACAUCUUGGAAUCAGUUUAUUAUGAUUUGUGUCUACACCAUCUUGUUUGAAAAGCUAUCACGCUCUCGGGCUGUCUGGCUUAAACAAGAAUUCUUCCUACUUAUCACCCUUACCCAACUUAAGGCACAACCCACCAGCAUUUUUUUUGGUUGCAGGCUAUCUGUGGCCUGUGAGUGUCUUUUUCUGUGAAUUUAAUUUUAACUUGUGUAAACCGUGAACUGAUAUGAACUUAAUUGUAGAUAGGAAUUUUUAUUUAUCAUUGCAGGUGGCCGAGUUGGUUGACUGAAGUCCCGACAAUCAGUAAGUAUAGGAGCUGCAUACAUUAAAUAGGGCAAACCAGCUCAUGGUUACUUAGCUUUAUUUUUUAUAGUUAACACUACUGCACAGUACACUUGGCAAAUAUAAUGCUAUUAUUUAUAUUGUCUUCUAAUAUAACAUCAAGGCUUGAGGCUAAAUCAGUGAUUCAAAUAUACCAAAGUUACAACUGUUAUAUGUUUUUGUAUCCUAUCUAUAAGUUUCUAAAUUUUCAUUUAAGUGUGAAUAAGAUUGGAGUUACUCUAUAUUGAUCCUAGUUUCAUAGAUUUGAUGUUAACUUGAUGUUUUCUUGAGGCAGGGCCAACAAGAUGUAGAGAUGAUAUAUAAGUUUUCUUGCACUGUACUUGUAUACUUGUAGUCACUGCGAUUAUCAGCCACUGCUAAAUGUUUCUAUUCACAUCUUCCUGAUCAUGAAAACUGAACAAAAAAAUUAAGUUAAUUAAUUACAAUCUAUAUUAAUGUAAAUUGCAAAUAUUGAGCAUCGCAAUUGUAGUUCUGAGCAUAUGCAAUGUUUGGAAACUUAAUUUACUUCAUGAGUAUAAUUGGUUGUUUAAAGCAAAUUUGUAUUUGUGUCACUUUUCACAGGCACAUGUUAACUCUAGUUGCAACAAGUUUCAUACAUGCACCAGCCAUUUUGGUACACCGAAGCACAUACAGAUCUUUAUGAAGACCCUCACUAGCAAGACCAUCACCCUCAAGGUUGAGUCCUCGAACACAAUUGACAAUAUCAAGGCAAAGAUCCAGGACAAUUAGGGAAUCCCGCCAGAUCAGCAGCGCCUAAUCUUUGCAGGCAAGCAGCUCGAGGAUGUUGUAAUCCAAAUUUGUGUUGUUGUCUAUAGUUUUUGAAGGCUUUUGCUUUGCUUUGUGUGGUUCUGACCAGAUAAGAUGCUUUGCUUACCUUAUAUACAGAAUACUCAUUUUUUAGUUUAGGAAACCUCAAUGAUUGGUAAAUAUGCUCUAGCACAAUCUCACAUAAGCAUUUAAAUGAAAAGCAUAUCUUGUACA